GCACCUCGAAAUACACAAAACCUUGUUAUAAUCUCACAGCACUACAAAGCUCUUUCGAUUUUUUCUGCUAAAUGGCAAUUUCACCGGAGAAAGAACAUCCAAGAGAGGCAUUUGGAUGGGCAGCAAGAGACAAAUCUGGCCUCCUCUCUCCAUUCAAAUUCUCCAGAAGGGCCACAGGAGAGAAAGAUGUGACCUUCAAAGUGCUAUAUUGUGGGAUCUGCCACUCUGAUCUCCACAUGAUCAAGAAUGAAUGGGGUUCCUCCAUCUAUCCUCUCGUUCCUGGGCAUGAGGUUGUGGGUGUGGUGACAGAAGUGGGUAGCAAAGUAGAAAAUUUCAAAACUGGAGACAGAGUGGGUGUAGGUUGCAUGGUGGGAUCAUGUCAUUCUUGCAGUAGCUGCAAUGAAAAUCUCGAAAACUACUGCCCAAAAAUGAUACUGACUUACGCUGCCAAGUACUACGAUGGAACCACCACAUACGGUGGCUACUCCAACCUUAUGGUGGCAGACGAGCAUUUUGUUGUGCGUAUUCCGGACAACUUGCCUCUUGACGCGGGUGCUCCUCUGUUGUGUGCCGGAAUCACAGUUUAUAGCCCACUGAGGUAUUAUGGGCUUGACAAGCCCGGUAUGCAUGUUGGUGUGGUGGGCCUUGGUGGGCUGGGCCACGUAGCAGUCAAGUUUGCAAAGGCUAUGGGAGUUAAGGUCACAGUGAUCAGCACUUCCCCUAAUAAGAAAAGGGAGGCUAUUGAGGGGCUUGGUGCUGAUGCAUUUUUGGUCAGCCGUGACCAAGACGAAAUGCAGGCGGCCAUGGGAACACUGGAUGGGAUUAUCGAUACAGUGUCUGCAAUGCACCCUUUGCUGCCAUUGAUAGGUCUAUUGAAGUCUCAUGGAAAGCUUGUCAUGGUUGGUGCUCCUGAGAAGCCACUUGAGCUACCUGUUUUUCCCUUGUUAAUGGGGAGGAAGAUUUUGGGAGGUAGUUUGAUUGGUGGAAUGAAGGAAACGCAAGAAAUGAUCGAUUUUGCAGCAAAACACAAUAUAACUUCGGAGAUUGAAGUGAUUCCAGUUGAUUAUGUGAACACUGCCAUGGAACGUCUUCUGAAAGCAGAUGUUAAGUAUCGGUUUGUGAUUGACAUUGCAAAUACAUUGAAGCCCACCCCCUAUUGUCGAUCGCUUAUAAGCAUUGAUGGCAUCCACUUGUAUGGAAAGUACACGGGAAAGUUGUUAAUUGCUGUUGCAUUUAAUGAGCGCAUUCGUGGCUAUGUAACUGACCGCCAUGGCAUGCCUAUUACUACACUUGUCCAAUUGACUCUCUGUCUGAUAAACAAGUACUUUGUUCAUAGGAGGGAUCCUUGCAUAAGAUAUCAUGUUGAUUUGUAUGAUAUAUGUCCAGAAAACUUAAUAGACUGGACGAAAGAACAUGCAAGAGAGGCGUUUGGAUGGGCAGCAAGAGACACAUCUGGCCUCCUCUCUCCUUUCAAAUUCUCCAGAAGGGCCACAGGAGAGAAAGAUGUGACCUUCAAAGUGUUAUAUUGUGGGAUCUGCCACUCUGACCUCCACAUGAUCAAGAACGAAUGGGGAUCCUCUAUCUACCCUCUCGUUCCAGGGCAUGAGGUUGUGGGAGUGGUGACAGAAGUGGGUAGCAAAGUAGAAAAGUUCAAAACUGGAGACAAAGUGGGUGUAGGUUGCAUGGUGGGAUCAUGUCGUUCUUGCAGUAACUGUAAUGAAAAUCUCGAAAGCUACUGUCCAAAAAUUAUACCGACUUACACCAACAAGUACUACAACGGAACCACCACAUACGGUGGCUACUCCGACUUCAUGGUGGCAGAUGAGCAUUUUGUUGUCCGUAUUCCGGACAACUUGCCUCUUAACGCGGGUGCUCCUCUUUUGUGUGCUGGAAUCACAGUUUAUAGCCCACUGAGAUAUUAUGGGCUUGACAAGCCCGGUAUGCAUGUGGGUGUGGUGGGUCUUGGUGGGCUGGGUCAUGUAGCGGUCAAGUUUGCAAAGGCUAUGGGGGUUAAGGUCACAGUGAUCAGCACCUCCCCUAACAAGAAAAAGGAGGCUAUUGAGGGUCUUGGAGCUGAUGCAUUUUUGGUCAGCCGUGACCAAGACGAAAUGCAGGUUGCCAUGGGAACACUGGAUGGGAUUAUUGAUACAGUGUCUGCAAUGCACCCUUUGCUGCCAUUGAUAGGUCUAUUGAAGUAUCAUGGAAAACUUGUCAUGGUUGGUGUUCCUGAGGAGCCACUUGAGCUACCUGUUUUUCCCUUGUUAAUGGGGAGGAAGAUGUUGGGAGGUAGUAUGAUUGGUGGAAUGAAAGAAACGCAAGAAAUGAUUGAUUUUGCAGCAAAACACAAAAUAACUCCGGAUAUUGAAGUGAUUCCAAUCGAUUAUGUGAACGCUGCCAUGGAACGUCUUCUGAAAGCAGAUGUUAAGUAUCGGUUUGUGAUUGACAUUGCAAACACAUUGAAGCUGACUGCUUAA